UAUUUCAAAAGAGCAAACAACCUGCUGCGAUGGUCGUGUGUGAUAACUCUGAUGGGUUAUGACUUCGUCUUCACCUGAAGAGGAGAGUGUGAGAGAGAAAGAGAGAGAGCGUCAAAAGCAACAGUCAAAUGGAAUGUUGUGAGUGCAUGCCGUAAUGAGAGGAAUAAUAAGCAACAGUCCCGAAGGCAGUCAGGCGAAUGCAAGAGCCACAUGGAUACAACAGGAAAAUACAAACACGCACACACAUACACUGAUAUGCUUUACACGACGAUGGCCAGAGGAAACACAAAACGAAUGUAGGAAUAUGGCAUGUCAUCGUCGUUGCCGUCGUCGUGUACGAUUCUCAACUCCGAUGUGUUGUAGUAUAUUCAACAGAUUCAUAAAAAUACAAUAACAACAACACACAGGAGGUAAAGGAGAAGAACAAGAGCAGUAACAGCAACAGCCGAGGCAACAAUUCCAACAUGAUUUUGCUGUGUUUGCAUGCGAUGACGAUGAUGAUGAAUGCGACGAGCAAACCAAGAAGGAACGACGAAACAUUUCUGUGCUGUUUUGGGGUGAGUGAAUGUUUUGGGUGGAUUGUGGAUUUGAAUGAGUGUGUGUGCGUCACGGCGUGUGUGAGCACGCAGUUGCCCAAUGCGUCGACGCAGACAGCAGCAACAGAUUGAAAGCAUUAACAAGUAGUCCAAAACACCACACAAUGAGGAUAAUGAUGAUGGAAGAACCCGAUGAUGAUGAUGCCGCUGCCACCAAUGACACCUUCAUUGCUGGCGACGUUGACUGCGCCGUUGGCAUCGAUGAUGGCACAAAUACUCCGAAUAAAAAAAUAGGUAUAUUACCUUAGAAUGCCAGUCGUUCUUACUUCAGUCUUCGUACAGUCUUUGCUUUAACCCGUUCCAAAUUCUGUCCGCCGCCGUUUUGCUCUAUAUUACACAAUACAACAACAACAACUACUACUACUACAAUAACAAUAAUAAUUUGAACCAUAAUCAUUAGAACAAAAGAAAAUACCAACAACAACUGCAGCAAUACCACAAUCAUUCUUUAAUAGCAAUAGCAACAACCACCAUAAUUUCAAAUAAACAAAUAUUUAAGCUAAAACAAAAAAAAAAAAAACGACAACAAAGUCGAAAUAGAGUCUCAAAAAACAAUUGGAAUUCUUGUGGAUAAAAAUAACAACAACAAUUUAGCAAACAAUUGUGAAAUUGAAUUCGAGAGAAUAACAACAAAAAAUAGAAAUCAAAACUAAUUUUCCCCAACGUCUAAAGCAAAAAAAAUAAAAAAAAAAUUAAUAACUCUUGUGUGAACUCUUCAAAAAGCUAAAGAAUAAAAAUUCACGUCUCUUUAAAAAUUCAAGAGCAGCUUUAAAAUCACGAAAAAAAUAUUAAAUAAAGAUAUCACUGAGAAAUCUACGCUUAACAAUCAAUCUUCAAUCUCAAAAACAAAAACAAAAACCUACGCAUAUCCGCUGACUAAAACUUAAUUGAAUUUAUCUUAGCAGAAAACAACAACAAACUAUAGAAAACAAAUCAAAAGAAUAAAACCAAAAAAGAACUAUUUAAAGAAAGAAAACCUAAUCAAAACUCUUCAAUCAAAACGAACACAGAAUAAAAAGCAACAAUUUGUUCCAUAUCACUUCAUAUUCAUACAUAUAAAAAAGAAUUGGCUAGCACAUACAUAUUUACAUAGUCAAAAAAUAUAGAAAAAAAAAAAACAAAACAAAAACAAAACAACAAAAGUUCCACAUUAGAACACAUUGUUUCCUGUCUAUCCUGACCUUUGCAAUAACUUAAACUCCACACCCCCCUCAACAACAAAAUACCACCAAUCGACGUGCAAAUCAAAUAAAAAGUCAGCAAAAGUUUAAAAAACAAAAUCACAAAGUAAGAAAAAUAAACUUCAAAAAAAUCUCAGUGAUCUUAAACAAAAAUCCACCAACAACUAGCAGAACAGCAACAACAAAUACUUACAUCUUGCAUCGAGUUUCAAUUUCCAAUUGAAAACAAGAAAAAAAAGCUAAGCUCAUCAUCUUCCAGCUUUUCUUCAACACCAACAACUUCGCCUGCAAAACGAUUAUAAUGGGUGCUUUGGUACCAUGUGAAUACCGCAUACAGUCCCCGGCCUCCGGUUCUCCAUUGCCCUUGUGCGGCGCUGCCAAUGCAAAUAGUGCCACCAAUGCCGAUAGUACAGCUGUUGCUGUCUUACAGAACAAUACCAACGCUGUGAAUUCAUUAACGGGCGGCAAUGCCAAUUCAGCCGGUGGCCCGAAUACAGUGUUGCGCGUCAUUGUCGAAUCUCAAUUGUAUCCAGUCUCGUUGGAUAUUUUACAUCAGAUAUUCCAGCGUUUCGGCAAGGUUUUGAAAAUUGUCACCUUUACGAAGAACAAUACAUUCCAGGCCCUCAUACAAUAUCCGGAUGCCCAUUCGGCCCAGCACGCCAAAACCAUAUUGGACGGGCAGAAUAUCUACAAUGGCUGUUGUACGCUGCGCAUUGACAACAGUAAAAUGACAACGCUCAAUGUCAAAUACAAUAAUGAUAAGUCACGUGAUUUUACAAAUCCCUCAUUGCCACCGGGUGAACCGGGCGCCGACAUUAUGCCCACCGCUGGCGGUCUAGUGAAUGCAAGUGAUUUGCUAUUGAUUGCGGCCCGUCAACGGCCCUCUCUAACAGGUGAUAAAAUAGUGAAUGGUCUUGGUGCACCCGGAGUGUUGCCACCAUUUGCAUUGGGCAUCGGCACACCAUUGGCCGGUGGCUACAGCAGCGGCAUACCAAAUCUAGGCGCCUUUGCCCUGGCCAACAGUGGCGCCCUCCAGACAGCUGCUCCUGCAUUGCGUGGUUUCUCGAAUGUCUUGCUUGUUUCAAAUCUAAAUGAGGAGAUGGUCACGCCUGAUGCUCUAUUUACCCUCUUUGGUGUUUAUGGCGAUGUGCAACGUGUAAAGAUACUAUAUAAUAAAAAGGAUUCAGCUCUCAUACAAAUGGCCGAACCACAACAAGCUUAUUUGGCUAUGAAUCACCUUGACAAAUUACGCUUGUGGGGUAAGGCAGUACGUGUUAUGGCCAGCAAACAUCAAGCCGUACAACUGCCGAAAGAGGGACAACCUGAUGCUGGUCUAACACGUGACUAUUCCCAGAAUCCAUUGCAUCGAUUCAAGAAACCAGGCAGCAAAAAUUAUCAAAACAUCUAUCCGCCAUCGGCAACAUUGCAUUUAAGUAACAUUCCAUCAUCCUGCACCGAGGAAGAUAUAAAAGAAGCCUUCACCUCCAACAAAUUUGAAGUUAAGGCAUUUAAAUUUUUCCCGGAUCGCAAAAUGGCCUUGUUACAGCUCUCCACUGUCGAAGAAGCCGUCUUGGCUUUAAUCAAAAUGCACAAUCAUCAGUUAUCUGAAUCGAAUCAUUUACGUGUCAGUUUCUCUAAAUCAAAUAUCUGAAGCAACAACUAUAACACUACCAGCAACAACAACAACAACCUGUUCAAUAAACCUGCAUGAAUCUGAGAGAUUUAUUAAUUAACGCAAAAAAGCAAAAUGAAACCCAUAACAUUUAAAAAACAAAAAAAUCUACAUAAUAUAUAUUAAAAACAAAAAACAAUUUAAACUAUAAUAAAAACCCCUAAAAAAGGAAAACAACCAGAACAAGAACAUAGGCAGCAAGCUAAGCAAAGUAUAUAAUACUGCUACAAAAAAAAACAAAAA